AUGUCACUUUCUGGAAAAGUCAUCCUCAUCACCGGUGCAUCCAAGGGUAUCGGCAAGGCUACGGCUCUGCGUGUUGCCGGCGAAGGGGCGAACCUUGUUAUCAAUUACCUGUCUGAUGCGGAGUCUGCGCAGAGUCUCGUAAAGGAGGUUGGGGAGGAGAGGGCACUGGCCGUCCAGGCCGACGCAUCCAAACUCGAGGACCUCGAUCGCCUCGUCGAAGCGGCGGUCGCCAAGUUUGGCAAGAUCGAUAUCCUCAUUCCCAAUGCUGGCAUCCUGCCCAUGCGCGACCUCGAGCACACCACCGAGGCCGAUUUCGACAAGACUUACAACCUCAUGGUCAAGGGGCCGUACUUUCUCGCUCAGAAAGCAGCACCACACAUCCCUGAAGGCGGCCGCAUAAUCUUCAUAUCCACCGGCGUCACCGUCCUCUCCAACAUCGCCCCCGCAUACCUCCUCUACGCCUCGGCCAAAGGCGCUGUCGAGCAAAUGGCCCGUAUCAUGGCAAAAGACCUCGCGCGCAAGGGCAUCCUCGUCAACGCGGUUGCUCCCGGGCCGACCACGACAGGUCUAUUCCUGACCGGCAAGUCAGAUCAGACGUUGAAGAUGGCCGCUGGUCUGAGUCCGUUUGGUCGGAUUGGCGAACCCGAUGAGAUUGCGAAUGUUAUUGCCUUCAUGUGCGGAAAGGGCAGCAGCUGGAUUUCGGGACAGGUUGUGCGGGUGAAUGGGGCGAUGGCGUAG